AAUCUCAGAUUUAGGUUAUGGUUAUAGAACCGAUACAGAUUCGUUGAAAUUUAAACAGUUUGAAAAUUAAUAAGAAUAUACUUUUUAGAAAACGUUAUUUUAAGACAUUAAUAUUUACUUUUUGUAGUUACUAAGAUCACAAUCAAUUAUCAAUACUGUCAAGGAAAAUUAUUCGACAAUUCCUGUUUUGUUUCUCCCAAGAAUCUGGUAAAUUUAAAAUCAAAGAAAUAUGAAUAGAAUUUGUUUUAUAUAAUUUGAAGUUGAAAAUUCGUAUAUGUUGUGAGAUCUAUUCAAAAAUUUCCACAAUGGUUAUUACUAAAAUAAAUGACAUAGACGUAAUAUUCCCUUUUGAACCUUAUGAUAUUCAGAAGAAUUAUAUGAGUAAAGUAAUUGAGUGUCUUUCUUUGGAACGAAAUGGAAUUCUGGAGUCUCCAACGGGAACAGGAAAAACAUUGUCCCUUUUAUGUUCUACACUAGCGUGGUUAGAAGCCAAGAAAGCUCAUUGGCAAUUAGAGCAGGGACUCAUGUUUGAAAACAAAGAAGAUGAUUUCAUGAAAAGACUUCAGGAUCAAUUAGGUGUAAAAGGUGGAAUGGGUGGAAAAUCAUUCCUCGGCGUUCCAACUAUAAUCUAUGCAUCUAGAACUCAUACCCAACUAACUCAAGCAGUGAGUGAAAUGAAGUUGACCUCAUACAAUCACAUGAAAGCAUGUGUUAUAGGAUCUAGAGAACAGAUGUGUAUUCAUUCUGAAGUUGUCAAGGAACAAAACAAUCAAACCAAGAUAGCAAUGUGUAAUAUCAAAACAAAAACAAGAACCUGUAAUUUCUAUAAUAAUUUGUCAAAGAAGAAAGAAGACCCAUUAAUAAGGAAUACAAAUAUAGUUGAUAUUGAAGAUUUGGUUGCCAUGGGAAAGUCUCAUAAAUUUUGUCCUUACUUCAUGGCUAAAGAACUCAAAUCGAGUGCUGACAUUAUAUUCAUGCCAUAUAAUUACCUUUUGGAGCCUAGAUUUAGAAAAACUUUAGGCAUUGAAUUGGCGAAUAACAUCAUUAUUCUUGAUGAAGCUCAUAAUGUGGAAAAAAUGUGUGAAGAAUCAGCUUCCUUACAAAUAAAAUCAACCGAUUUAGCUCUUGCAAUUGAAGAAGUUACAGCGAUAAUGAAAAUGCUUACUGAACAACCAGCAGCAUUUGAUGAUGAAAGUGAAUCUAGAGAUUUUUCUCCCGAUGAUCUAAUUGUGUUGAAACAGGUUCUACUUGAUUUAGAGAAAGAACUGGAUGCAAUUCCAUUGAGUAAAAACCCUGAGGGUACUACAUUUGGUGGUACUUUUAUUUUUGAGCUAUUAGCUAAGGCAGGGAUAAAAUGUGAAAAUCACCAAAUCAUUAUAGCCCUACUCGAAAAGUUGGUAGAAUUUUUGAAUAUUGCAGCAGAAGAGGGUCCUUUCAAAAGAAAAGGUAACGCAUUGAAAUUAAUGGAGGAGGCUCUAAGAGUCAUAUAUAUGGAUAAUUCUGUCAAAUUCAAAGAAAGAGUUGAUAAAUGCUAUAAGGUUCACAUUAUUGUUGAGGAGCCAAAGAAGAAAGAAGGCAGUUCUUGGUUCACUAAAUCAAGCAAAGAUUCUUGCAGAGUGUUGAGUUAUUGGUGUUUCAGUCCAGGAUUUGGAAUGAAAAUGUUGCUUGAUGAAGGAGUACGUUGCUGCAUUCUGACCAGUGGUACACUAGCACCUUUGAAGCCACUUAUCACUGAAUUGGAAUUCAAAAACCCUGUUCAUUUAGAGAACCCCCAUGUUGUCAAAGAUACUCAACUUUGUGUCAGAAUCAUAUCUCAUGGUCCUGAUAAUGAAAGAUUAAGUUGCUCUUAUCAAAAUAGGGAUAACGAGAACUAUUUGAGAUCUUUAGGAUCAACAAUCAUGAAUAUGACCAGACUAAUACCUAAUGGUCUGUUAAUCUUUUUCCCUUCAUACCCACUUAUGAAUAAAUGCAUGGAAUACUGGCAGAAACAAGGUAUUUGGAGUGGUAUCAGUAAUUUGAAAUCAAUUUACACUGAACCCAGAGAUAAAGUUUCAUUUUCAAAUGCGAUGACAGAAUACUAUGACAAAAUUAAAGAUCCAAGUGCUAAAGGAGCAAUAUUCAUGGGAGUUUGUAGAGGCAAAAUAUCGGAAGGGUUGGAUUUUGCAGAUCUGAAUGGAAGAGGAGUCAUUAUUGUUGGUUUACCCUUUCCACCCAUGAAAGAUCCUAGAGUGAUUCUGAAAAAAAGAUAUUUGGACACUUGUAGAUCUUCGAAUCAAGAGUACAUUGGCGGAGACAAAUGGUAUACUUUGGAAGCCUGCAGAGCAGUAAACCAAGCUAUUGGAAGAGUAAUACGACAUAAAAAUGAUUAUGGGGCUAUUUUAUUGUUAGAUGAACGUUUCAAGAAUCCAAAUAUUCAGUCACAGUUAUCAUUAUGGCUAAGAGAAAGAAUAAAAAUUGUGCAAAAUUUUGGGGAGAUAACUAGAGAUCUCAGAUUAUUCUAUAAAAAUGCAGUAGAACAGUUUCCCCUUUCACUCAACAAGAAAGCUACUGCAGGCCUAUCCAUACAAGAGAGUAGUGCAAAUAAACAAGUUCCCAAAAGUGGUUACAACUGUUUCCAGUUUAGCUCCGAUGAAAGUGGUUCAAGUAAAGAAUCCUCAAGUAUAUCACUCCAUGAAGAAAGUUCUUCAACAAAUGAUAGAUUGAAAGGAUAUAGGAAAAGAGUAGGAGCACAGUUAGGAGGAAUUUCGAAAAAAAUGAAAAUAAGAUUAGUACCCAAUUCUUCCACUGAAACGGCUUCAGCAGAUGAGAAUCAAGCAGUCUCCGAUAGUACCAAAGAAUAUAUUGCAAUGGUUCGUAAGGCUUUUGAUGCAAAUACUUUCAAAACAUUUGUAUCUGUAUUACAAUUGUAUCAAAAAAAUAAGAAUAUAGAGGAAUUAAAAGAAAAACUCGAUGAAAUUUUUGGGUCCAGACAUAACUUGAGGUAUCUUCUACAAGGCGUAGAAAAAUAUGUGGAUAAAGAUCAGAAAGAUGAGUUCAAAAGAUUUUGGGAACAAUAUCGAUAAACAUUAUUUUUUUGUAAAUAGAAGCAAGAUGUUCAUAUUCAUAUGAUUUCUUUGUAAAUAUAUUUUUGAUAUUUAUUUUACAUGAGUUACUAAAUAUACUGAGGACUUAUUACUCUAUUAAUUGACA